GCUGCCAGUUACUGGGGCCCCAGUGACAUUGAGAACCAAAGACUUUUCCCCUUCUCUCCACUGCCACUCCCAGUGAACUAACCAGUCAAUACAGAGCAGCCGCUUGCAGAAGUUGAGACACCUGUCACAAUGAAGCUGUUUCGGACCCUUCUCCUUUGCCUCGUGUUGGUGGUGAAGCUGUCCUGCUCUCAGGAUGAGGGUGAAGAGGUGGAGGAGGAGGCCCCCGAAGAGCAUGCAGAAGGCCCAGGUGGUGAUGCAGACACUCCCAACAUGGUAGUGGAUGAGAGGAAGCCAUGUGCUGGCUGGAUGGGAGGCGUGCCAGGAACCCCCGGACACAAUGGAGCCUCGGGAAGAGACGGCAGAGACGGUCGAGAUGGAACAAAGGGAGAGACAGGAGAACCAGGUGCACCUGGAGAGAAGGGUGACACCGGAGAGCCUGGUCUUACUGGUCCAGAGGGACCCCGUGGCUUCCCCGGCACCCCAGGCCUGAAGGGCGACCAAGGGGAGAGUGCCCUCCUCUACCGCUCUGCCUUCAGUGUGGGGCUGACAGACCGCACCCCCAUGCCCAACGUGCCCAUCAAGUUCAGCAAGAUCUUCUACAACGGCCAGAGGCACUAUGAUGACAGCACAGGCAAGUUCCGCUGCUCCAUCCCCGGAGUGUACUACUUCACCUACCACCUCACAGUCUACCUGAAAGACGUCAAGGUCAGCCUGUACAAGAGUGACAAGACCAUCAUGUUCACUUUUGACCAGUUCCAGGAAAACAACGUCGACCAGGCUUCCGGCUCCAUCGUCCUGCACCUGGACACGGGGGAGGAGGUCUGGCUUCAGGUGUACGGAGAAGAGGCCUAUGCAGGAAUCUACGCAGAUAACAUCAACGAUUCCACGUUUUCUGGAUUCCUUCUCUACCCUGAUAUGAAAACGCAAAAUGGAGAUCGCUAAGGGGGUGUUCGUGCAGGAUGGACGGGUGAAGGCAUCAGCAGUGUAUACCUAUUAUAAUCAUGUUAUUCUUUUAAGGUGUGAUACUUUCCUUAAACUUCUAUCAAAUGCCCACUUUGGACAACAAUGGAGGGAGCAUCACAACAAGCUGGUUGUGUUAAUGAUUUCAUUAAUUAGGUGUGUGUUCAAAGUGUUUUUUUAGGGUUCCCAAAAUGUCUAUGGGCCUUAGUUGGUGCUUUUGGAUGCAUGCACCGGGGUUAUGAUAAAAACAUCCCAAAAUUAUAGCUAGGUCUCUCCACCCCAUUAAGAAUUUUUCCCUUUUAAUUUUUGAUGUUUUAUUUACUUAAUGGUAAACACUAAUUUACUUGUUAAUAAAGAGAUCUUCAAUAGUAGUUUCAGUAUAUCUCCAGUGAGUAUGCUGUACCAUACACCUUAAAGGAAUUAUACUUUUACAAAUAGUAUAAAUUACUGGUUGACCCCAGUAUAUUAUACCAAGUGGCCUAGUUGCAUUGACUGAAGCUAGUUCACCAGACAUACACGAUAUGAGAGAGCAACUGUUUUUUUUUAUUCAGAGUUACAAUGAUCUGGUCUAUGUGGCAUAAAUGUAAUUAUGUCCACUACCCACUCAAGGUCUAAUACAGCUCUGCUAUUUAAAUUCAUAGCCAGCUGGCUGCACUCCAUGUUAAGUUGUUGGACUUUAACAUUUUAAAGGUAUUUUUAUUCACAAAGGUCACCAAGGAUGCCCAUGUAUUCUGAUGCUAUCUGCUUACAGGCACUAACAAACACCAGUCCCAGGAAGAGUUCCUAUUCAAUAUUCAAAUGUAUAUUGAAAAUGUUAAUUUCCCCACAAUUAAAACAGUCUUAUUAUUCAAUAA